UUAGCUAAAUUUGUUUUGGUUUUAGCAAAGUGUUUUAAACAGCAAAGAUCUUUGAAAAUGAAAUAAUACAUGUAAUGAUAUAUUUUCUAAGUAGAUGAUUUUCACAAACUGUAAAAACUUUACAUGCCUGUCCUUCUUUAUAUCUUUUCUACCUCCUCUAUCAGACACAUCCUCUCAGCUCUGAAGGAGAGCCUUAUACAUGGAAGUCACAGCAACCUUUGAACAGUCCUUUGUGAAUCUAAUGAUCGAAACGAACGAAAUAAACCAGAGCAUCGUUCUUCAAGCCAAGGACCCUUGUCAUCCAUUAGAGCAGUAAUCAAGAGAUCACUCAUGAAUAGUGCACAGCAAAAUGCCCCGUGGAAGAGCUUCUCGGACUUCUAUUCAGAGUGAGCUUCAUCGAGAUAGGAGGCGCCCGGAGAUCACCAUUGUGGCAGCCGAGCCACUGAGGCCGGCCUCGUGGUUUCCAGGAGCACCACCUCCAGGACUGGGAUUUCCCCCGUCUUCUGCAGCAGGCCCGUGGAGGCCCAGUGAGCUGGUUCCUGCUGAGCUCCCACCGUCUUAUGAACAAGUCAUAAAAGAAAUCAACCAAGUUCAAGUUAAUAGUACAAAUAACAAUAAUGCUGCUGCCACUCCAAGGCACACUAUUACUUCUGCAACUCAGACUGACUUCUCAGAAGAAAUAGACAACCAUCUGCCUCAAAGUAAUGCAACACUGCCGGCACCUCUCAAACCUCUGCAGCCUUCCCCAGCGGCCUCAGCCAGCGAUCAUCUGACAAAUGUGGCGCCUUUAAUAGUCUUUGAUGUUUCCGAAGAACAGAAUUGUCCAGAAAACUCCAGUGCUACAAGAUGUCCAGUGCCAAAACCAAGAUCAAAAAGCAACCUCAGACCAGUAGCCAGAGAUACCCACAUUAAAGAGCAGAAUCACCAGAAAACCAGCGCAGCAGCCACCCGCGAGGAGCCAGCCCCGAGCCGGCCACAGGCUCUGUUGGACAACACCAGUGACUUGGAUAGUCAGGCGGUGAUGAACAUUAUGAACACAGAACGAAGCCAAAAUACCGUCGUUUCAAGGAUCAAAGCAUUUGAGGGUCAGACAAAUACAGAAAGCUUGGGACUGCCCAAGAAACCAGAAAUUGCUCCCCGCACACUGCCCCCAAGGCCUGCUGUUCCCUCAGGGAAACCCUCUGUGGCUCCCAAACCAGCAGCCAACAGAGCUUCUGGAGAAUGGGACUCCUGGACUGAAAACAGACUCAGGGUGGCCUCCGGGGAAGGGCUCACCCCACAUUCCCCAAUGCAAGAAGCCAGGAGCAUCCCGGGAACCAAACCUGAAUUGCCAAAGAAACCAAACCCUGGCCUUAUACGAAGUGUGAAUCAUGAGAUUCUGGGAGGAGGGCCCGUGGCCGAGAGCCCUGACGUUGGGAGGAAAGCCCCCACUCCUGCUCCUCGGCCUUUGCUGCCGAAGAAAUCCAUUUCCUCAGAAAACCCCAACUACCCUGCGGCUUUGCUGAAACCGGUCACUGUUCCUCCCCGACUCUCAGUGGCAUCACAAGCCAAAGCAUUCAGGUCGCUGGGAGAGGGACCUCCAGCCAACCCCCCAGUGCCAGUUCUGCAGAGCAAGCCUCUGGGGGACAUCGACCUCAUCAGCUUUGAUGACGAUGUUUUACCCACCCCAACGGGGAACCUGGUUGAAGACUCUCUUGGUUCAGAGAUGGUUCUGGAUCCCUUUCAGCUCCCUACAAAAACAGAACCAAUAAAGGAACGAGCAGUUCAACCAGCACCCACCAGGAAGCCCACUGUGAUUCGAAUUCCAGCCAAACCAGGAAAAUGUUUACAUGAGGAGGAUCCACAAAGCCCACCUCCUCUCCCUACUGAAAAGCCUGUUGGAAACACUUACAGCACAGGGUCUGGAAAACUCGGUAAUGUUGACAGAACCAGAAACUUGGAAUCUGACCAUGCUGGUCAAUCAGGAGGUUCUGUGCGAGGACCCCCAAGGUUGCCACCGAGACCCGCAGGUGGAAAAGUCAUACCAGCUCGACAGCCUCCUCCCAAGGCGGCCCCUGAGAGACCACCUCCCCCAAAACUUCCUGCAACCAGGACAUCAAGUAAAAAACUGCCUUUUAAUCGGUCUUCUUCUGAGAUGGAUCUUCAGAAAAAACAAAGUAACUUGGCAUCUGGACUCUCGAAAACCAAGAGUCAAGUCUUUAAAAAUCAAGAUCCGGUACUGCCCCCUCGCCCCAAACCAGGACACCCUCUCUACAGAAAAUACAUGCUGUCUGUGCCUCAUGGAAUUGCCAAGGAAGACAUUGUCCCGCAAAACCCCGGAGAACUUUCUUGUAAGCGUGGGGACGUACUUGUGAUACUGAAGCAGGCGGAAAAUAAUUACUUGGAAUGCCAAAAGGGAGAAGACACUGGCAGAGUUCACCUGUCUCAGAUGAAGAUUAUCACCCCACUUGAUGAACAUCUUAGAAGCAGACCAAACGAUCCAAGCCCUGCUCAGAAGCCUGUUGACAGUGGUGCCCCUCAUGCUGUCGUUCUUCAUGAUUUUCCAGCAGAGCAAGUUGAUGAUUUGAACCUCACAUCUGGAGAAAUUGUUUAUCUUCUGGAAAAAAUAGAUACAGAUUGGUACAGAGGGAAAUGUAGAAACCAGACAGGUGUAUUUCCUGCCAACUAUGUCAAAGUAAUUGUUGAUGUUCCAGGAGGAAAUGGGAAAAGGGAAUCAGUUUCAUCUCAUUGUGUUAAGGGCCCAAGAUGUGUUGCUCGAUUUGAAUAUAUUGGCGACCAGAAGGACGAGUUAAGUUUCUCGGAGGGAGACGUUAUUAUUCUUAAGGAAUAUGUGAAUGAAGAGUGGGCGAGAGGAGAACUUCGAGACAGAAGUGGGAUCUUCCCCCUUAACUUUGUGGAGCUCAUUGAGGGUCACCCCGCCUCUGGUGCACAUGUGUUAAGCACAAAGGUACCACCGAAGACCAAAAAAGAAGAUGCUGGUGCAAAUUCUCAGGAGAACAGUCUCUCUGGAGAAUGGUGCGAAGCUCUUCACAGUUUUACGGCAGAGACCAGUGAUGACUUGUCCUUCAAGAGGGGAGACCGGAUCCUGAUCCUGGAGCGCGUGGACCCUGACUGGUACAAGGGAAGGCUGCGUGACAGGGAGGGCAUCUUCCCUGCCAUCUUCGUGCGGCCCUGCCCAGCUGAUGCAAAAAGUACAGCUGCUUUUGCACCGAAGGGGAGGAAAGCCAAGGCCUUGUAUGAUUUCCAUGGGGAGAACGAAGACGAGCUCUCCUUCAAGGCUGGAGACAUAAUAACAGAUCUGGAAUCUGUAGAUGAUGAUUGGAUGAGUGGAGAACUGAUGGGAAGAUCUGGAAUAUUUCCCAAAACCUACAUUCAGUUUUUACAAGUCAGCUAAAGGUGAAGCGUGACUGUGUUCUUGGGCACAAGAACUCACUUGAACUAUCACUUUGACUAUCAGAUAUGUUUUUGCACUAUUUUUUUAAACUGAAAGAAAUAUCUAUGCUGUACAUGGUAUACUAGAAUUUUCUGAGAGCAGAAAACAUCUAGAUUUUUUUAGUUAGCUUUCAUUCACGGUAGAAACGUGCACAUGGAAACCCAUGAGCCAGUAUUCUACCAACGAGAACAUCCAGCAGGACUAGUAAGGCAGGCAGACCCUUCCCCCGGGGGAGCGUCUGGUGACGGGGCAGCCUGGGGACACUACAAGCAAAAGUUGCACAAGUAAAUUAACCUUGCUUCUUCAUUUAUUACUUUAGUUUGAAAAGAGGAUGUUUAUUAUUCUACGUGCUGUAACUAUCAGGCCAGGGUUGGUAAUCUAAAUUUCAUUUUUGAUAUUCAAAUUAAUUCUAACAGCUUGAGCACAUUAUCCUUAUUGCCGGGGCAAAGUCUUGCUUCAGGACGGGUAGUUCAUUGACUAGUGGGAGCCUUUGUGACACGUGGUGAGUCAGCUCGUGGUCACCAGAUGCUCCUUAUUACCAAGUGUUUCCCCUUUGUCCCAGAUUUGAAAGGGGUUAAAAUUUGAUGUGUCUUAGUCAGAAGAACCAAAACCAUCCUGAAAUGCCUUGCUAAUACAACUAACCCUCCCACAUACCUGCAGUCCUUACUUCUUUCCUCUGUGUAUGCUUUACGUUAACAGGGUUGUUAUGAAGCACCUUUACUGAAUCUGCAAUCAUUCUUUUGACAAUUACUGGUACCCAAAGAAAAAUUCAUUUUCUUUGAGUUACCCCAGUAAUAUAUAAAAGCUGUGUCUUGUUAUAGUGGUACAUUAUAAAUCACAUAUAUUUCAGAAUACAGAGCAACUCUUAAGAUGGAAAACAAUGCCAAACCCCCACAGCUCAUUCUUCUCAAUAUAAUCAGAGCAAAAAAUAAUUUGAGAAUCUGAAGGCUGAUAACUUUUGGGGGUAUUUUUUUCCCCAUCCCUGCACAGUUACUGGAGUAAAUAAAAAACCACUUUCCUGCUAUCCAUUGUUAUGCAUUCCAGGCUUAAGAUAAAAGUGGUUCUUUGUGAGACUGAAUCAAUUAUAGUUUAUGGGCUCAAGCCAAAUAGAUCGAAGACAAUCUUCCAAACAGAUCAAUGGAAUAGAAUUUCAUUGGAAAUAUAAAACAUUCUCCCAACAAUGUUCAUGACUUUCUUCUAUUUUUGAGAAGAGUUUCAUAUGCUGGGCCACUUUUUAGCUUUUGUUGUUGUUUCCAUUGUCCAAAAACUUAGGCAGCAAGUCGUGAAACCAUUUAUGUGUAUAUGGUUACAAUUGAUUUUGGAGUAUGGGAGCCGUUUUUCCUCCAUGUUUUGGGUAAGGAAGACAGUAUAAAGAAAACUCUUGUCAAAUUUCACUCAAGAGUAAAUUUCAUGAGAAAUGGAAGGCUUAAAGCAUUAUUCCCAACUAAAUUCCUAUUUGCAGCAAGCUUGUACAGCAGCAGGAAGGUAGGAAGUGGGGCAUAGUGUCUGGAAUAGGAUGUGAGGUGUAUUUCUUUGCCUGUAUAAUUUUAACAUCUUUUAUCACAGAUAAUGAAACGUAGCUUUAUUGGAGAAAAAUAUUCCUCUUAAACUUUGGCCUCUGUCAGCAGAAUGAUAAGUGCAAUAGUUGUAAAUCUACUUGACACGAUAAUAAACUGAACUGAACUUUUCAAA